AAAUCGGCCCUCCACCUGGGGGUUUCUUCUUCAGCCAUGAACGCCUCCCCUAAUCACAGCUCUGUUGUGGUCACCCUUGAGGAUCGGGACCUCUGGAACAAGUUUCACCAAGUGGGAACUGAGAUGAUUAUCACAAAGUCUGGACGACGAAUGUUCCCACAAUGCAAGAUCAGAGUCUCUGGCUUGAUCCCUUAUGCCAAAUAUCUGAUGCUUGUAGAUUUUGUGCCAGUAGACAACUUCAGGUACAAGUGGAACAAGGACCAAUGGGAAGUGGCUGGCAAAGCAGAGCCUCAGCUUCCCCGGCGGACAUAUGUGCACCCUGACUCUCCUGCCCUGGGCAGUCACUGGAUGAAGGAACCCAUCUCCUUUCAGAAGCUCAAGCUGACCAACAACACCUUGGACCAACAGGGUCAUACUGUCCUUCACUCGAUGCACCGCUACAAGCCUCGCUUCCACGUCAUGCAAGCAGAUGACCCCUUCAGCACCCGCUGGAGCCCCUUCCAGACAUUCAGCUUCCCAGAGACAGUCUUCACCUCUGUCACUGCAUACCAAAAUGAGAAGAUCACAAAACUCAAAAUCUACAAUAAUCCAUUUGCAAAAGGCUUCCGAGAACAUGGGAGGAACACACGCAGGGAGGGGCGAAGCCAGAAGAACAGUCCAACCAAAGGUCAGAAGAGAGCACUGAUGGAAGAACCCAAACCUGAUGCAGAACUGGACUUAGAGAGGAAUGAAAACAUAGCAGUGAAGGAAGAGAGCCAUGUCAUGUCAGUUAGCAGCAACUGCCCCUUCUGGCUCUCAGAGCAAAGCAUCACCCACACCAUCCCUACAGAAUCUUCAGAGCCAGGGGAGCACACAGAACCACCUGUCCAAGAACAGCAUGUGCCAACACCACUUUCAUCCUCCCAAGCAUACAGGUCUCAUGAGACAGGUGAUAGUCCACUGCCAGCCCCUCUCCAGGACAUCCUUCCUAUAAAUGAGUUUCGGGCCAGACCUCACACCUUGGACUUAGCCAUGGUUCCUGAGCAGGAUGCCAAACAACUUUCAGAAGGUUUCACCAAUCUGCCACCACUUCCCAUCCCUUUCCCAUCUCCGCAAGAUUAUUCUGGGAUGGCUGGUACGGCAGUAGAUCCUGCUGGGAAACCAGGACUCCGAAGGCCUAUAUACAGUCCCUAUGCUGCUGAUCAAAACCUCAGCCAGUGGAUGGUUCCUCCAUCAGCCCAAUAUAGGGCUGUAACCUAUUCUGCAUUUUCCACAGACUACAGUACCCAGGCUGCCUCAGGACCUGCCCAUGGCAGCAUGGCAGAGUGGGGCCAGUAUUCUUUGUUCCCUUAUGCCUGCUGGUAA